AUGGCGACCUGGUCUCGUGUGGCUGUGUUGAACCUUUACCGAGCUCUCCUGCGUGAGGGUCGUAGUCUGCGAUACACUGACCGAGAGUUCUACUAUUCAUUCAUCAAGCGGGAAUUCAGAAAGAACCAACAUCUCACUGGGGAGGACGAGAAGGUGAAGCAACUGGAAAAAGGUCUCUAUUUUCUUGAGAGCAAACUUGGAGGCCUGGUUUAA